AUGGCAGGAAAAGUCAAUGAAAAAGUUGGUUUUAGGGUUGAUCAGAUCCAAAAAGAAGUCAAAAAAGAAACACAAGACAAAUUUUUACCACUUGUUAAGACAUCAGAUGAACUUUUAGAACGAUAUAAAGAUGAAUCACCAUCAUUAAUUCUUCAUAUGUAUCCUACACAUUUUAGAUUUGAACAACAGGACGGGGUGUUUCUAUAUAAUAGUCCUAUGAAAAUAAUUUUGGAAUAUAUUAGGAUGGAAACGAUCCCUCCAGACUGUGUUGAGAUUUUUAGAGAUACCAGAACUCGUUUUUAUGAAGGCUGUUUAAUUGUGCAAAUACGGGAUCAUAGACAAAGUACAAACGAGAAUUCACAUUCCAAUGAAAACAAAGAUACAAAAGUCGUGAAUGAACAUGUGAUUCCUUCAAAAUCACCUCCUAGGAGCUUUUCGACAAUAAAUGUUACAGAAAAAGUUUAUUAUACAGUCUUAAAACCAUCAUCAGAAACAAUAUGGGCAGAAAUGUGCCUUUUUAGUGAAUCAACCGGCGGAAAAUUCAACGAUGAAAUGGCCAUAGAAUUUGAGUCACAAAUAUUGAUAGCAACUACACCUGUUCUUUACCUACAACCGGCAACAAAUCCUAUGGUUAUGAGGAGAAUAUUUUCGGAAUUAUGUGAACUUGUACCUCCAAUUAUGAAAAAAAGAAAACAAAGCCCUGCUGAAAAAAUCGAUGAAAUGAAAAAAGCAGAAGAACAACUUAUGUUAAUUAUGGAUGAAAAACAAGGAAAAAGCUUUCAACCUAGCUUUACACGCCUUGCUUUUAUUGAAAAAUUUCGCAAUAAAAGAUCACGAACUUAUCGCAAUUUUAACUUUUCUCGGAUUUAUCAAAGACAAAAUCCUCAGAUUUCUGUCCCUAACGUUCUUAACAAUGAUCCAUCUAUGCAAAAAUUACAUCAAAGAAAUACUGUAGUAUCAUCUGUUGCUAAUCCUGCUUCAAUUAAACCUAUGUUAAAAGUGCAACCUACAAAUAUAUACACAAAAGAACAACAAAAUAUGCUAAGAGCACAAAAGACAAUGCUUCAGAUUCGAACAAUGCAACUUAAACAAUCUGGAAUGCCUAUUCAUCAAAUUAAUGAAAUUAUUCAACAACAAGCUGCACAAAUGGGUAUUAAUAUACAAGAAAUGUCUCUACCCACAAAAGGAAUUCAUGUACAAUUAUAG